GCGAAAUUGGCAAAAAUGCUCGCAAAACUAGACAGACCAAUGAACAUUCGAUAUUUACGGCAGAAUGAAACCAUUGAUAAUGAUAAUUAUCCAAAUAAUGAUCUAUUAUUCAUAUUGAACAGAACUUGUGAUGAUGCGAAUGCUUUUCUCAGAUGGGCAAGCGCAAACCUCAAGUUUAGAAAGUCCUACAGAUGGCUGAUUCUUGGAAAAUCAUUAAUAAUAAAAGAUGAAACCUUUAAUGUUUCUCCAGAAUUUGACGAUAUUAGGAUUUCAGUAGAUUCAGAAGUCAUAAGUAUUGGAAAAUGGAAUAAUUCUGAAGAAGUAUCAUUACACACGUUUUACAAGCUAAAACCACAUACAAAAUGGAUUAUAGAAGACUACGGGACUUGGUCACUCGAUACUGGAUUUACGAAAUCUACGACUACAAUUGAGUCAAACGUGAUGAGACGAAAGGACUUUAUGGGAGAAACUUUGACUACCUCCGUUGCUAUUUCUGACAAUCGAACUAAAACUGAUCUACUUGGACUUGGGAACAUCUUUAUUGACACCCCUGCCAAAAGCAGCUUUCGUACGAUUGUUCCCUUAUUUGACUUUCUCAAUGCUACUAAAGUUGUAAAGUUCUCUGAUACUUGGGGUUACUUCAUAAAUGGAUCUUGGAAUGGAAUGAUUGGUGACAUUUAUCGGGAAGAAGCUGACUUGUGUGGAAUUGUAACGUUCAUAACGAAAGAGCGUAUGACAAUUUUGGAAUAUUUGACCCAUCCUACACCCAUCACACUGAAGUUUGUCUUCAGACAACCGCCCUUGUCGUACCAGAACAAUUUGUUCCUUCUGCCAUUUUCCAAUGGAGUCUGGUUGUGCACUGGUGCAUUCAUUGUUAUAUUAAUUGUCAUAUUGUACGUCAACACGAUAUGGGAUGCAAAGAAAUACAAAGAUUAUAAUAAGCAAAAAAUUGACCAAACAUGCUUACCACCAACUUGGAGUGACAUAACAAUUUUUGUCUUGAGUGCUAUUUCUCAACAAGGAAGCUCUAAUGAGUUAAAAGGGACAUUAGGACGUCUUGUAAUGUUUCUGGUUUUCUUAGCAUUUGUUUUCUUAUACACAUCUUACUCUGCUAACAUUGUUGUGUUACUUCAAUCGACGUCUAAUCAAAUUCGAACUCUCUCUGAUCUUCUUCAUUCUAGACUGGAACUUGGUCUGGAACAUGCUCCGUUCAACAAAUUCUAUUUUUCGAGUGCAUACACAGCUGAUGAUCCAAUAAAGAAAGCGCUAGUUGACACUAAGAUUGCACCAAAGGGUGUACUGACAAAUGUUAUGAAUAUUGAACAGGGAGUCAGGAUUAUGCAAAAGAAACCAUUUGCCUUUAAUAUGAACACAGGCACUGGAUACAGAAUUGUUUCAGCAAUUUUCCAAGAACAUGAAAAGUGUGGGCUUCAAGAAAUUGAAUACAUUCCAAAUAGCAACCCUUGGUUAUGUAGUCGAAGAUUAUCUCCUUAUGGGGAAUUGUUUAAAGUUGGGUAUAUCAGGAUCCAAGAACACGGUUUGAGUGACAGGGAAAACCGAUUAAUUUACGCCAAGAAACCAGCUUGCACCGUCAUGGGUGGCAGUUUCGGUUCCGUCAAUAUGGUUGAUUUUCAUCCUGUCUGCUUGGUGUUGCUCUACGGAAUGAUUUUAGCGUUCCUCCUCCUUGGCGUUGAAAUUUUAGUUCACCGAAAACAAAUGAAAAUGCGCAAUCAAGCUAGGGUCGAAUGAAAUAUUUAAUAGAAAAGUAGCGUCUUGUGAGAUUAAGGUUUUGUAUUGCUUAUAAAAUG